CUGCCGCUGCUGACAGUGCCACGUGAUAGCUGCGGCUUAUCCCAUUUGUCAGGCAGUCUGUUGUCACGAAAGACCAGGAAGUUUUGAUCGAUCGAACAAGAAGACAACAACAUCCCCGGGCACCGGCCCUGAGCGAGCAGCAUCGGUGUCGGCUUACGGGAGCAGAGACUGGGCACAACCGCUGUCAUGUUUCGUGGUCUGGGCAGCUGGCUGGGGCUGGACCCGGGCUCGGACACACAGGCUGCCGAGGAUAAGGAGCAGAACCAGCAGGACGCGGGCGAGGAGAGGAACGCCGACAGUGCGGAGCAUGAAGACAGGGGGCCCGCGGAGCCCAUACUGGAGGUGGAGGAUGUGCUGCUCACACAGGCCAAGGGCUUCGGGAGUUAUCUCUUGAACUUUGCUUCACUUGCUACAAAAAAAAUAUCUGAUUCUGUGUCUGAAACUGCGCACACCAUCAAAAAGUCUGUUGAAGAAGGCAAGAUUGAUGGGAUCAUUGAUAAGACCAUCAUUGGUGAUUUCCAGAAGGAACAGGAAAAGUUUGUACAGGAAAAGAAUGUAAAAAAGACAGAAGUAGCGGUUCCACCUUGGGUCGGAUAUAGUGAAGAGGAAACCAUUCAACAACAAAUCUUGGCCCUGUCAGCAGACAGGAGAAACUUCCUUAGAGACCCUCCUGCUGGGGUCCAUUUUACUUUUGACUUUGAACAGAUGUACCCUGUUGCCCUUGUUAUGCUUCAGGAAGAUGAACUGCUUAAUCGGAUGCGUUUUGACCUUGUUCCAAAACUUGUGAAAGAAGAAGUGUUUUGGAGGAAUUAUUUCUAUAGGGUGUCUCUGAUAAAGCAGUCUGCGCAGCUGACUGCACUGGCCGCCCAACAGGCUACUGCACAGUCUGAUAAGGCAAAUAGCAGUCAGAGUGAUGAUGGCUUAGAAGAAACUGUAAGACCAAAGACUCCACCAAUAGCAAUGAAGACACAACUUAAAACACAUGAGGAAGAAGAGGAGAUCUCCACCAGCCCUGAGGUAUCUGAGUUUGUAAGUGAAGCAUUUGACUCCUGCAACAUAAACCAGGAAGACCUAAGGAAAGAAAUGGAGCAGCUUGUCCUUGACAAAAAAGAUGAGCUUGACACCGCAGAAGAGGAAUCUGAGGACUGGAUAAAGGAGUUACAAGAAGUGGUCCAAGAAUAUGAAGUGGUCUCUGGUGCUGACAAAAUAAAGGAUGACAACUGGGACAAAGAAAUUGAGGACCUGCUCCAGGAGAACUAACGGUGUACUAUGCAAAUAUAACAUCACUCCAAUUAUUCCAGAAAACUGUCCCUGUCUUGUUGAGGUGGGGGUGGGGCAUAUUUUGUAUGGUUUUCCUCUAUCGCCAUUGAAAUUACGGCUAGAGGAUUACAGUUGAACUUUCGAUUAAGUCAGCGGGAAAAAUGACGCAGUGGGUGUGGACCUAUGGUGAGUCCUCCCUGGCUCUGGUUUUAUACUGUACAAGUUUUUUUUCCAUAAGUGAUCGGUUCAUGAUAUAACAAACUAAAAUUAUGAUUUAAACUUGUGUAACUUACCAACCCAUAUACGCAUAUGCCAAUUUAAGAAGCAAUCUACAUUCUGCAACAGUUAUAUAGUGCUCUGGCAAUGAAAGGUCUCCGGGGUUUUUGGAUUUUUUUCUUUUCUCCUUUUGUUUUUGUUUUUUCAUUUAAUAUUUUUAAGUAUGAUUGUUUGGCCUUACAUAAUUGGUUAAAUAAUAUCCUAAAGUAAAUUUGACAAUUAUUUUAA